AUGUAGCCCUAGUGUUUACUCCUCGCGAUGCCCACACUGACCCCAAAUGCCUUUCUCUAGACACACUUCCCCUCUGUGGGAGAGGUGAUGGAGUUCUACCUGGAGAUCGACCCUGUCACCUUGAACCUCAUCAUCCUUGUUGCAAGCUACGUCAUCUUGCUGUUGGUGUUUCUCAUCUCCUGUGUGCUGUAUGACUGCCGAGGCAAAGAUCCCAGUAAGGAGUAUGCUCCUCCGGAGACCACACUGAACGCCCAGCCGUCCAUCCAAGUGGUGCUGACUCAGCACAGUGCUCAUAGAUCCCACUGGGAAAGGGGACCCAGCCUUCACUUUAAGGAUCCUGCUCCAAUUGGGAAGAAAAGCACCGUAGUGUGAGACUGGAGAAGGGAUGCUGGGAAGAGACCAACAAAUGCCGCAGAAAACGAUUGUUCCUAUCUUGGCCCCUGUUCUCCCCAAAUGCACGUCUUGAUUGGCUGAGGAAACGGAGGCGCCGACUUACUAGCUGCCCUCUGGGCACUCUUCUUGUGAAUAAAACAACUGUUUAAGGAAUCUCUCUUCAGGGACAUAUCAUUGCCUCAGAAUGUGGGAGGAUACCAGAGAGAACACUGUUUUCAUGAACCAUCGGGCCCCAGCCAAUGGCCGCUACAAACCAACUUGCUAUGAACAUGCUGCCAAUUGCUACACACACGCAUUCCUCAUUGUUCCAGCCAUUGUGGGCAGUGCCCUCCUCCAUCGGCUGUCUGAUGACUGCUGGGAAAAGAUAACAGCAUGGAUCUAUGGGAUGGGCCUUUGCGCCCUCUUCAUCGUCUCUACAGUGUUUCACAUAGUAUCAUGGAAGAAGAGCCACUUAAGAACAGUGGAGCACUGUUUCCACAUGUGUGAUCGGAUGGUCAUCUACUUCUUCAUUGCUGCUUCCUACGCCCCAUGGUUAAAUCUCCGUGAACUUGGACCCCUGGCAUCUCAUAUGCGUUGGUUUAUCUGGCUCAUGGCAGCUGGAGGAACCAUUUAUGUAUUUCUCUACCAUGAAAAGUAUAAAGUGGUUGAACUUUUCUUCUAUCUCACGAUGGGAUUUUCUCCAGCCUUGGUGGUGACAUCAAUGAAUAACACUGACGGACUUCAAGAGCUUGCCUGUGGGGGCUUGAUUUACUGCUUGGGAGUUGUGUUCUUCAAGAGCGAUGGCAUCAUUCCAUUCGCCCAUGCCAUCUGGCACCUGUUUGUGGCCACAGCAGCUGCCGUACACUAUUAUGCCAUUUGGAAGUACCUGUACCGAAGUCCUACGGACUUCAUUCGGCAUUUAUGACCAGUCUGUGCUAGGUUUUUCCAAUCAGUAUUAUCACAAUUGAGGCACUUGAGUGGGGGUGAGAGCUGAAUGUUGCACACAGAAGAAGAAUGAGCAACUUGCACUGACUUCCUUUAAUUUUUUUAAAUAUAAUUACUGUGAAAGUAUAAAAGCUGUGCCUUGGAGUUUUCCUCUCCACAGGCAAUAGAUUAAGGUAGUGAAUCAAUUCUUCAUUCCAUUCCACUAUCAUGAAGGACUCGGGAGAGACAUGGCCAACUGAUGUUUACAAACCAGAAUUUUGUAUUUUUGUUUUACAGAUUUUAACUACGAUGAUUUUUUCUAAAUUAGUAGGUCAGGUUGUCAAAGUCAGUGCAAUAAUGCAACUUCCUUUUUAAGAAAAACAAAAGUUGUUUCUACCACGUUUCCCGUUCACUGUGUAAAAGAAUCAUGGAAACUUAACACUACUUUUUACCAUGUUUCAUCUUGACAUAACAUGGUUAUUUUUUAAAAGGAGGCUUCAGUUCUUUUGUAAAUUUUUAAAAGAAACUAUUCCAUUGACGCACACCCCUGUGGGUCCUCAUUCAUGAGAAGUUUUGCAGCAAGCGGUCAACAUUCCACAGACAAACAUUAUACCUCUUCUGACAGUUUUAUUAAGUAUGGAGAACUUGCCAAUUUUUUAGAAAAACUGCAGUUUUUUCCAAACUUUUCUGCCAAUCUCUGACCCUGAAUUCAGUGCUGCUUUGGACUGAUGUCCUUGACCUGGUAUGGGCCACCAGGGGUAAGACAGUGUUUUGACACAUCAACUUUUUCAGAAGACAACUCUGCUGUAUGCCUUUGCCACAUUUUCUCUGGGGUCUCUCUUCACAGUGGAGGAGGAUCCUGUCCGGAUUAUGACAGUAUUGUUGGGUUGCCCAUCUGCCAGACACUUCUCAUGAGCUUUCUGAAUUAUGGUGAAUUGUAUUGCCACUCUGGUGCCCAGCAAUUCAAGUCUCUGUGGUUGAGCCACUUAACUUUACUGUAUCAGUUUGAUAGUCAUUUUAAUUGUGGGACUAGACACACAAACUCACAUUUCUGCCUUUUCCUCUGCAUUUCUCAAUAUACUCUGUUUUUUUCACACCAUAAAUAAAACAUUGAUUGACAGGUAGAAGCUCGUGUCAGUAGUCUAUGGGUUUUAUGCUGACUCAGUGGAGUGAUAUUUAUAUAUUAUUUCUAGUUUCCUCUCAAUGUCUUAUAUUAAGAUUGAUAUAUUAGUUGCUUUUUGGUUAAUCUAUCUUGGUGUUUAAGAGAAAUGAAGUCACCUUGCCUUUAGAUCAGAUGUUAAUAUAACCUGUUUGUCUAGAAGUAGGCUUGCUCAAUGAAACUGUCAGAUUAAAGAUAUGCUUUAUUAAUUGAAAUUCUGUACAGCUGUAAGUUUAAAAGGAAGUUUAUUUUGUAUGUAUGUUUGGGCUCUGAUUUUGAUAGAUUGUAAAGGAACAACUGAAGAACUGACUGCUGGGAAUUUCUUUAGUAGUCAAGGGUACCCAAGGAUAACACCAGCCAGGCUGCUCUCUCUGCAUGAUUCUGAACAUUUAGGUGCCUGUUAUUUUACUGUGUAUAUUUUACUUUAAAUAUAUUAACUUUUUUUGUGGAUUCAUUUAAAGUCUGCUCAUAUGUAACACUGUCAAAACCACUAAAAUGUAUGUAAGAACUUGUGCUGUAGAUUAGAAUAAAGUUGUUACUUGGGUUGA